AUGAGGUCGUUUAUUAAGUCUCACAAGCGUAUUGGAUCAUUUGGUAAAGAUGACAAGGAGAAGAAGGAACCCUCACGUCCGGUCUCCGGAUCAUAUAGCAACGACACCAGUGGACACCAAACUUUGAAGAAAAAGCUGAGUUUUGAAGUGAUUUCCACCAAUAAUCCUAAUGUUCAUCAUGGGAGUUUUUCAUUCAAUUCGCCGCUCAAUUCCCCUAAAGUUCCUCCUCCAUUAUCCCCGCUUGUACGAAAUGCUGAUGGUAUGCGGAAUACAUUUUUGCAUUCCCCAAAAAUCUCCCAUGACGAGUUCUAUUCUUUUAGCUCCAAUCCUCCUUCCCCAAAGACAUCUUCCAAACAGUAUGUUUUCCCACUAGAGGAAGUGAAUAAUAGCCUGCAAAAGAAAAGUAUCUUGAAAUAUCCCAAGAAUUUGUUUUCAAAGGGUAGUAACAGCAAUUUGAAGGACUCGAUGGCUAAUGAGUAUCCUAACAGUAUGUCAAUUAAGGGUACGGUGAAACACAAUUGGGAUGGCAAUAAUAAUUCCUAUCAAAACUAUGGCAAUAACAAUAAUAACAACUCCUUCUAUAAUAAUUCCGGCGAUGAGUUCCAUUUCAAUAAUUAUGAUCCAGAAGCCAGAAAAUCGGGUGAUUCUUACCAACAAAAUGAUUACUCUAACCAACCUCAAAAGCUCCCUUUAUCCAUUAAGACUAAUGUACCAUUUAAUGAUAUACCUGCUAGGAAAAGCCCCUUUUUAUCUAAAGAGCAAUGGGAACGAAAAUUGAAGGUUCCGCAUAACACUCUACUGCCAGAAUUUGAGAACUUUCUGAAAAAAAUUACAAAUUAUGAACCAUCAAAUGGCUCAGCAUUAUAUGCGGAACUGAGAAAUAGAAGCUUGCAAAAACUUUUAGGAACAAAUGAAGAAAGUCAGGAAGAAUCGAUCAUCGAUGUGCCAUUCUCCGAUGGAUUGCACUCUCAAUUGUCUUCUUUCUCUAAUUUCGAUGAAGCGGGGCUGGUUUUAGACGCUCGUCCAAAAGAUACUGAAAAACUUGAGAAUUCAAACAAGAGUAAUCGAAAUUCAGAAGAUUCAAGCAAGAGCCCUAAAAGAGACUCUUUGAAGAACGUCAUUGAAAAAGUGAAGAAUUAUAAACGAAAAAGCGGGGAGAAAAACAAAUCUUCACUUGAUAGAUCCUCAGUUGAUAGAUCGUCAAUUGAUCAUUCAAGAUCUUCGGUAAUUCAAAUUAAUACUGAUAAGAGAGCUUCUAUAUUGAAGAAAUUGAAAAAUGGUGAUAAAAAAAUCAAGAAGCUUGUAUCUGUCAGAGAACCCGCUGCAACGACCAUAAAUGAGGAAAGGGAAUACAGUGAUUUUGAAACCAACUCCAAUAAAUCAGAUGCCUCUGCAUUCUCUUUUGAAAAAGAUCUCAUCAAUGGACGUAAUGUGUCUAUCAAGUAUUACAAAAGUAUUUCAGAGAAAUCCAAGUCGCAAAAAGAUAAGGAAUCCCCUGCCGUUGGCAGUGGAUUAUUCGUCGAUGAUUUCAGCACAGAUGCAUAUGGUGAAGAAUAUUUCAAUGAUGAUAUGAAUUUUUACGAUGAGGAAGAAGUUGAUGAUACGGAGCAUUUAUUCAAUAGGCAACUAUUCUCCGACGAUGAUGAUGAAUUUGCGGGUAAUUUUGAUGACUUGAUAAAUGAAGCUAAUGGGGACUAUGAUGAUUACGGUGAUUUUGGUGAUGCUGAUCAUAAAAAUUCUUCAACUUCUGGCCAUGAUGUAGUCGAAAAUAAAAUGAAUCAAGAAUUGGAUGAAAGGCAAAGCAUAACUAGUGAUGAUUACCUUGAACAGCUUACUCCUAUCGAAAUGAAGGAUAGUGUUAUUGUUGCAAAAGAAGUCAUUGGAGAUAUAUCCGAAGAAAGCAGUAUCGAAACUAGUUCACAUCCGGUUAAAAAGAACCAGGAAGAAAAUAACUAUCACUCAAUAGCAACAGCUCUUCCUAUUAAAGCACCAGCCAUCGAGGCUGAAAAAAAAGUACAAUCUGAUGAAGACUUAUCACGGCAGUUGUUGAACAUGACUAUGUUUCAGCCUAAAAUAUCUGAAACUACUAAGGAAUGUAACAACACCCCUAAAAAUUUCCAGGCAGAAACCUCAGAAAACAAAAAGCUACCAAAUCAUUCAGGAAAGAAUUCUGAAAAGCAGAAACUCUUUAGUUCUCAAACAGGGAUACAAUCCCCUUCGGUGUUGAGCGCUGUGGAGCAAGAAAUAAGUGAAAGGAAAAUUGAAAUCAAACCCAAUGCUCCUUCCAAAAUUUUGCCACAGCCGAUUUCGAUAUCCAAUAAAAUCACCUCACAACCAGUCACAAAUCCUUCUGGGCAUCAGGAAUCUAACCAGGGACAGUAUAUGUGGCUUGAUGGCUCAGCUGCAAACCAUGUACAUGGUGAUAAUAAAACAUUCUAUGAAGAUGAUACACUUAAUGAUUACUUUGAGGAUGAUUAUUUGGACGAAGUUAAUAUUGUACCAGAAGAUUUUGAGUUUGACCCGGAGGCGUCUUAUCAUAUCUACGACUCUCAGCGUAAGGAAAUAAUUAAUCCAGAGCCUGAGAAAGAAAAAAUCAGAAACAGAAUGUACAGGUCAAAUAGUUAUUCCAAGAAACCAAAGCCUGGGCAAUUCGUUCUUCCGGAGUCUCAGAAUAAUAAAUUUGUGGUUCCAGCGAAUGGGAAAACCAUUACAUUGUUCAACAAUAGUGUCAAUAACAACGAUACUUCACGUGAAAUAAUUACAGAAACAGAUCACAACAAACCUAAAGAAACUGUGUUGCCAAUGCCAAUUUCCACCAAUCUCCUCAACGACUUUUUAUCUCCUAUUACUGAGUCUUUCGGGGAUGAUGCAUCCCCUAGAUAA